AUGGCCGAGACCGUGGCGCACAUCCAGGGCAAUCCCUCGUCCGCCCUGACGCCGCUCAUCCUGAUCCACGCAAUCUCUGGCCUCGCCCUGCCCUACUUCGCCCUGGGCUCUCUAUCAGGCGUACAUGAACAUGACGCUGACUCUGGUUCUGCCAGCUCAAGACCCGUCUACGGACUGUCAUCCCCAAUAUUCGAAUCCACCUCCUCCUUCCGCCGCCACAGCAAAAGCCUACCCAGCCUGGCCCUCGAAUACGUCCGCAUCAUCCAGCGCGAUGUCCAGCCCAAAGGCCCCUACCUCCUCGGCGGCUGGUCCAUGGGCGGGAUGAUCGCAGUCGAAAUGGCCGCCAUUCUCACCGCGCAGGGCGAAACAGUCAAACACGUCCUUAUGAUCGACUCGCUGAACCCGGAGGUAUACCUGCCCUUCCACGAUGCACAGGAGCGGCAGGUUCUCUCAACGCUUACGUAUAAUGCGAUUGCGUGGCGCGUUAAUGGGCCUGUGUCUACGGAUACGGCUGCUGGUUUUGAAGAUAGUGCGCCAUCGUCUGCUGAAGGGAGCACGGUGCCGAGUAGUAGCGAGAACAGCCCGGAGAAUACCGACUACGGCUCGGAUAGUGAGGAUGGGAGUCUGGGUGGUUUGGACGAGUUUAUGGGUCUUCUCCGUGAGCAUAUCGCGCAGGGUCUGCGUAUGCUGGCGUCGUAUCAGACGCUGCAUCGGCGUGUUUGUCUCCCUGGGACGGAUGUGACUUUGGUGAAGUGUACGGCGCUGGGUAGUCUCUCUCCGCUACUGAGUGAGGGGAGGAGGGCAUUUGCGAGGAAGAAUAACCUGGAUCCGAGUAAUGGAUGGCGGCCAGGGCAGUUUGGGAGCUUUGUUUCUGUUCCGUUUGCUGCGGCACAUGAUGCCUGUUUUGAUGCAGGGGUUGUGGGCAAACUGACAGCUAUCUUAAGAGGCGUUUUGAAGGAUAUCGAGUAG